GUCGACUCUUUUAAUGAUUCAGUUAGCGCAAGAUCAUUGCAAUUCGGUGUCUCUCAGUCAUCUACUUCUGUCUGUCCAUCCAUCCAUCCAUCCAUCUCACUGUAUCUUCCGCUUCAGCUGUGUCUCCAUGUCGGUCUGCCGCUUGUCCAUCCUCGCCUGUCGCUGGUCCAUCUGCUUCUGCCGCGCGUCUAUUUCUACCAGUAGCUUGUUCACUCCUUGCAAGACUAACAGGAAGAACAAGAGACACAUAAUGGCUCACUUGCGUUGUGUGAAUCAGUGUCCUCUCACCCGCCAUGACGUCAGGAGAAGUCGCGUUGUGGUAAUCUGCCGCCCUGAUCCGCUCGUCGAUGCUCUCACCCGAAAAAUCCACCUUUGGAGGAUCGGGAGAAUAGGAGUCGGCCCGAGCCUUGAUUUGACAGCAGAUUCAAAGCAGAAUGAAUUUGACAAACUUCGUUGUCUUUCCUUCUUUGGUGACUUACUAAUAGACACUCGAUCUGUACGAAGAGCAUGAAGAAGCGGAGUAUGCUGAGUGGCGUGAGAAGGGUGAGUACAAUGGCGUUCCACAGUCGCUGCCACAGCCAUUCUGCGCGCUGGAAGAGGCACGGCCAGGGAGCAUCCAGUCUAUAGGCCCAGUGUUCAAAUUGUCGUCCAUAGGCCGAGUAUUCAUAAGGGUCGAUAUGGAAACAGUCCUUGUCGCGCAGCACACGUGGCAGCCGCUCCAGAGCCGAGAGGAUAAAUGCGGGUGUGAAUGCGACGGUGAAGAGAAGCCCAUCGAUGAUGGCAUACAGAGACACCAUGCACUCGCAGGUGUUGCGGCACAUUGUCGACUGCCGACGCCGAUCUCUGUCGAUGAGAGAGGCGAGAUGCCGCAAGGGUUCCGACAGAAGGAAAGCUGCAAAACCAAUGGAUGACAUGUCUGCAUGCGUGUCCGGGCUUGCUCACCGAUGAGGUUGAAUGGCGGCGGCAGGCGCUCGUGCGGCGGCAUUGUGAGAUAUUCAUUCAACACGCGAAUGCGGAGCAGCCUGCACAAUUCCAUAAGCCUCUGCCCUUGUCACUUCCUGUUGGCCUUGUUUGCUUACUGGUACUGCGCGUCCUGUGUGUCCUCGAUCGCCGAGUACGUGGACGCCUGACAGACAAUACAGACGUCGGAUCGGUCAUGUAGCACAAUCGAUUUGUGGUUUGUGUCUCACCAUAAUGGCGAUGAGCAAAUUGAGCUAUUGAUGAAUGCGGGCAGAGAGAGAAAGGAAAGGGACUUCUCGUAUGUGCUCGUCCGUUGACGAAUUAGUGACGCCAAGGCUUACGAGUAUGAUGGAGGAGAGGAUGAUGUAGGUGAACAGCAGGACGGCCCCCAGCGUGUCGUGGCCCUCUAUGGCGUUGGUCAACGCGUCGUUGAAGUCUCCAAGCCCGGCGUAGAAACUGCAAAAGCCAAGGAUAUGACACGACCACUGUCACGCAUGCUGACGAGCUCACAUACGCACAGUGUGAGCAUGGCCCGGCCGUAGGAGCCGAAGUACUGGUGGUCUUCGUCGGACGAGAGGAUGGUGAAGACGCCCGCGAAGACCAGCAGGAUGUAGAGGUACAGCAGCAGAAAUUUCCUGACGUCCGACAGCGUCCUCACCACAGCGCUGACACAUACACCCAUUACACACAGCAUGAGACACCUCUGUGUGUGUGUCUCUGUGACUCUCAUGGUUCCCUCACAGAAUGAGCGGUCCGACGUUGGGGAGAAGACUGGCGGCUUGCAGGAGCCGCAGGGCGAACAAGAGCGGGACCACUAUACCUGAGGCGACCUCUGCUUCCGGCGACCAGCCGAGGAAGUGGAUGGCAAUGAAGGCGGCGAUCGACACGCCCGAGACACAGUCGAGGUAGUUCCUGCAUGAAAGCAGGUUGAGAUCAAGAGUGUGAUGAACCUUCCAGGUUGAGAUCGGGAAGGUUUAUUUACCAGGAGUCCUUCCAAUAGUGUGCCUUCAAGCGGAAGAGCUGUGCACAUGGCAGAAAACAUCAAGACGAUACGGAUUCUCUAGUUAAGUUUGUUGUCUCCCUUCUUCCUUACUUGGAACCACUCGACUACAAUGAAGCCAAAGCCAAACGCCAGGGCACUCCACAGCCACACGGACUGCCCCUCUGCAGCCGCUCUCGUGUUGCCGUCUCCUUUGAUGUUUCUCGUGUAGAGCAGCACAGAGAAGACCCUGCCCGACCGAGAAAAGAAUACCAUGUCUCUUCCUGGCUGUGGUGGCUUCUCUAUGCUCUCUUACAUCAGAAUCAUUGACAGUACGCGGCUGAAGAAUGCACUCCGAGGGGAAAGCCCCGUUCCAUGGCUUUUCAUCUUUCGCCUGAUCUCCUCAGCGGUGUAUUCAUAAAACAAGUCGAGUGGCCGUCCAUAGCUAUAAAUCUUCUGCCAGUGGUGUGUGAUGAGGUUGAUGCAAUUGGCUGUCGCAAUCGAAUGAAAGGCAGGAAUGUAAGUCGAAUGUAGAAAAUGUCGCGGUGGUACCUUGCGUGACCACUGUCAGGGGCUCAGCAGACUCCAAGUGCUCAAGAAACUCCUCCUCGCGGCCUUUGAUUGAGCGCCGGAAGGCUUUUUCGCGUGUAUUGGUGCAGAAGCGUUUGCAGAUAGCCUGAUUUAUUAAACAGUACAAAUGUGCGGAAUGAGCGAAUGGGAUCUCAAAAUAUAUUACAUGUACCUCGAGCCACGAUGCCACCUCCGCAAUAUCACUGCACACUCAUCGAAACCACACAAUCUGCGGAGAUGCUCGACUUUGACCUUACUCUGUGAGAGAGUCCUUCUGUCGCGACUGCAUCAACUCGCGGAAGAAUGAGCACCAGCGGAGACUGUCGAAGCCCGACGACUUGGAUCGGUGUCGUAGGUACUGAGCGAAUCCUUGUUUCAAGAAGGGAAUGACUUCGGGAAGGACGGCCG